GCGCAGCCAUGUGCUCCACUCUGCCCAGCCCUGGCAGCUCCAUCACCUUGCGCGUCUCCUUCGUAGAAGUCCACCCCGAAGCGCCGCUGGUGAGGCUCUGGGGGUUGCCCGGGGAACGCAGAGCGGAGUAUCUGCGGCUGAUGGAGGACAUUCAGGUCAAGGUGGGGCCCCGCUUGGCGAACGCUCCUGGGGACGGCGGAGGCCGAGGGGACGGCGACGGCGAGGCCUUGGCCCUGGGCGACCUGUGUCUGGUGGAGCUGGGCAGGCGGUGGCACCGUUGCCGUAUCGUGAGCCGCCGGCCGAAGCCGGGACAAAACUACCGCGUCUUCCUGCUGGACGAGGGCCGUACGGUGAGCGCCAGCUCCUACUACUUGGCGCGGGGCCGCAGCGAGCUCUUCCACUUGCCGUCCGAAGUCAUGGGGUGCAUCCUUGCGGACCUGCUCCCUCCCGGCAGGCUCGGGGCAUCCUUGGCCGCCGCUGCUUGGGGCUCCAAGAGCUUAACUCCCCUAGGAUCACAGAUACUGAACUUAACCUGGACGGCUGGCGCGAUCGAGUUUUUGGGUUUCCUACAUGGUAAAGAGGUCUCUGGCCUCAUCCGAGAAGUGCUCAUCCCACAACGCCUUGUGGUGCUAGAAGUGCCCUGGCUUCUGACACAGAUGCGCCAUCUUGGGCUUGCGGGCCAUGUUGCCUCUACUGCUUUUUGCACGGUGCUGAGCACCACCUUAGGAGGUACUGGGAUUGCUUCUGUCCCAUUGGAGCCAACUUCUGCUUUGUCCCAGUCCCCAGUCCUUACUUCUGCUGCCCAAUCUCAGCAGGGUAGUGUCACAAUGGAUUUCUUCUAUCCUCAACUGGAGUUGAAUGUGACUGAGCCUAUGGUGGUGACUCAGAUCUCUGAUCCAUAUAGAAUAUAUUGCCAACUGCGUAGUCUUUCUAAAGGGAUCCAACUACUUUCAGAUGCUAUGUACCAAGCUUUUGAGGCCUCAAAAGGAAAAUAUGUAGAAGAGUCUUUACCGACCCCAGGUUAUCCCUGUGCGGCCCGAGGCAUAGAUGGAUGCUGGUAUCGAGCUUUAUUACUAGAAAUAUACCCUGCAGAUGAUCUAGAGGAUCAGCCAGGGGCAGUGGCUCAAGUGAUUUGUGUGGAUUAUGGCAGGAAAGAGUUUGUGACAAAGAAAAAUCUGCGCAACUUGCCUGCUGAAUACUUCCGCAUGCCAGUAGUGACCUAUCCUUGCUCACUGCAAGGUAUUACCGAUGGAGGCUGUGGCUGGGCCCGUUCACAAAUUAGUCAGCUUAAAACAUUGCUCUUGGGCAAGGUAGUGAAAGCCCACAUUGAAGCUUACUGUCCUUUUGAGCAUCUCUAUUACAUUACCCUUUAUGGGGAAGAUGGUCUCAACCUUAACUGUCUGUAUGGGGUGCAGGCACAUUGCCUCACUCAGAGUCUCUUGCACAGUAAUCAAGAAUACACCUCUGAUUUAAUGAUUGAAUCAGAAAGUUUGGGUGUCUCAGUCCAAAAGGAACUUGGUUCUUUGUCAGAAGCAAUGCCUGUUAUUGCUGCUGCCCCAUUUUUCGUUGUGCGUCUGAAGGCGGGUGAGCAUCAUAAUGUUCAGGUGUCAUUUCUUAAAGACCCUUCAGAAUUCUGGGUGCAUUUGCAGGAACAUCAACAGCCACUUUGUCACCUAAAGCGGAACUUAAGUGACUUUUAUUCUCAGAGUAAGAAACUAGAGGGUAUUCUACUUGAGCCCAAGGUAGGAUCUCUUUGCUGUGUCAUGUUGAAGGAGAACUCUUACCAUCGUGCCCUUGUUACUAAAGUUCAAGGAAAAGGAAUUGUAGUGUUUUUGGUGGAUCGGGGAAACACUGAAAUAGUUGAUGUGUAUAGGGUGAAGGAGUUGCUUCCCCAAUUCAAAGAGCUUCCUGCUGUGGCAGUCCGGUGUGCACUGGCUGAUCCUUUCCCAGAUUGGUCAUGGAACCAAGAAGCUGUUGAUUAUUUUAGGAAAUCUGUGCUAAACAAAGAGCUGAUGAUCAAAGUUCUAGGCAUGCAAGGAGAUGUUUAUAUAGUUGAACUUUUUGAUAAUUCUCUGGAGGGAGAAAAAAAUUUGGGUAAAAUCAUAUCCCAGAGAAAGUACACCAAGCAUCAUGAAGUACUAGAAACUCUUCACACAAUAUCAAAUGAGCUAUUGACAGGGGAUCCUGAAGGCAAGCCAAUGGGGUUAAGGCCUGUGAAAAUAACAUCAACAACAGAUGAAGUAGAACACCCACAAAAACAUGAUUCUUCAGCCUCUUGCACAGUUGAAGUUUUGAUAACCAAACAUCACUCGAGUGAGGGAGCUUUUUAUGCUGCAUCAGCUUUGGGUGGCAGAGAAGAUUUAUCAUGUGAGAUGCAGAAGUACUCUGAAAUAAAGGCAGGUGAAGGACAGCUUGAAUUUGGAAGUACGGUUAAAGUGCUUGUAACACACAUAGAAAAUCCUAGUCAUUUCUGGUGUCGAUUAUUAAAGAAUUCCUAUGAACUGAAGAUACUUACGGCUAAAAUUCAGGAUUAUUGCAUUCAUUCAGCAGAGCCCCAUGAUUGGCCAAAUCCUGUAUGUUUGGCUAAGUGUUCUGAGGAUAAAAAAUGGUACAGAGCUCUUAUAAUUAAUAAGGUUCAUAAUGCAGAAGAGGUUGAAGUCGCUUAUGUUGAUUAUGGAAAUAAAGAGCAUGUAUCACUGAAAAAUGUUCGUGCAACUAAAGCAGAAUUUCUGAAGCUAGAAGCUCAAGCUUUCAGAUGUAGCCUUUACAACUUAAUUCAGCCAAAAAAUCCAAACCCUUUUGUUUGGGAUAAAAAAGCCACUGAAGCUUUUCAUGAAUUUGUGGAUUCAGCAUCUAAAUUGGAACUAAAGUGUACUAUAUUUGCUUUAGCAGCAUUAAACAGUAGAGAUCUUUUUAAUAUUGUUGACCUAAUUACCCCUUUUGAAAGUGCUUGCCAUUUUUUAAUAAGAAAGGGUCUAGCCACAUUUGUACAGACAGAGAAACCUUUGGUAUCAUCAGUUCAUCUGCUUUCAUACUAUUAUUCAAUGCACAAUAUCAAAAUAGGAAAUGAAGAGGUGGUUUAUGUCACACAUGUUAAUAGUCCCUGUCUCUUUUUCUGCCAACUUGCUAGGAAUGCAGAUGCUCUUGAAAAGUUAACUAGUAACAUUAGUAAACUAAGCAAAAUGUGGAACAAUUUGCAAACUUCACAUACUCCUAGAAAUUUGUAUCUUGCGAAGUAUAUUGAUGACUGCUGGUAUAGGGCAGUAGUGACUUCAAAAAAUGAUACCAAAGAAGUUUUUUUUGUAGACUUUGGGAAUUCACAGUUGUUAAAAAAUGAAGACCUGAUUGUAGUACCAGAUGAUGCUUAUGAGUUAAUAGUUUUGCCUAUGCAGGCUAUAAAAUGUUCUCUGUCUGAUAUUGUUGAUCCAUCAAAAGGUGCUGUUGAGUGGUUUGAAAAGGCAGUGUUAGAUAAGCCCUUAAAAGCUUUGAUUGUAGCAAAAGAUCCUGAUGGAAAAUUGAUAAUUGAACUAUAUGAUGGUAAAAUACAGAUCAAUGCAAAACUGAAACAAAGUUUAGGUUUGCAGGCUCAUAAAGAGAUUACCAGACACACAGAAAACAACACUGUGUCUUCUAGAUACUCACUUAAUAGGGAAGAAAACAGUGAAAAGGGGCUAGCUUUGGUAGACUUUGUCAAACCUGUUCUUGAGAGCAAGACUAAAUAUAGUGCUGGUUUUGGAGAAACGUGCCAGUUACCGCAGGAAACUAAAAAAGAGGUAGCAAGAAAGUUCCUAGGAGUCACAGAAAGACUUAGCAAAAGUAAUGAUGUGGCAGAUAGGAAAGACAGGCAUUGUGUAGCCCUUCUUAAGAAAGAGGAGAGAUGUGAUAUUAGAGAUAAAUCUGAACCUAUAACAUAUUCUUCACCUAAAAAUAUAUGUGAACUACCUCAAAAAAACAUAAAGCCUGGUCUUAAAUCUUUAGUGUAUGUUUCUCACAUAAAUAAUCUUUCUGAUUUUUAUGUACAGUUAGUAGAAGAUGAGCCUUUCCUUGAUGGUAUUUCAGAGAAAAUUAACAGCAAUAAAACAGUUUCAAGUUUAGCGGGGCAACGGCUUCAUGUAGGAGGUUUAAUAUCUGCAAUUUUUUUAGAAGAUGGCUUGUGGUAUCGAGCUGCAAUUAUUAAAGAGCCAACUAGUGAAUUGGUAGAUGUACAGUAUAUUGAUUAUGGCAAUACUGCAGUAGUUAGCAUCCAUAAAACAUGCAGACUUGUUGAAGACUGUUUAUCUUUCCCUGUGAUGAGUAUCCAUUGUACACUGAGCAGUAUUAAGACAGCAGAGAUUCCAGAAUGGACACAGGAAGCAGUGCAGUUUUUUUCCCAAAGGACAAAUGAGAUUCAAAUGAACAGUCAAUUUGUUGAGAAAGUAGACGGCAAAUGGGAAAUAAUUCUCAGUGAUGGAAAGGGUGAUAAAAUGGUUGAUAUAAUGAAUAGUUGCCUUGCAUAUCAAAAAUCUCUCCUGAUAGAGACAGCCAAUAAAGGAGAAAAUGAGACUGGCAGAGUAAACCUAUGUGAAGGUAUUCUUUCUGAUGAGCACAGUAAACUUUCAGCUAGCAAAUCAUUUCUCUGGAAGACACCUAAAGUAGGUCAAACUAUAAAAGCCUUUUCAUUAGUUCCAAAGAGCCCAGAAUAUUUUUGGUGUCAGUUUGUUGAAAAUGAUACUAGUUCAAUUGAAAUAAAGCUUCAGGAAGCUGGAGAACAUGCAAGAAUCCACACUGAUGAUAUUAAAAAUGGCUGUCCUUGUCUAGCAAAAUCUAGUGAAGAUUAUUUAUUUCACCGAGCAGUUGUUAGGUAUAUAGAGGGAAACGCCUUGACAGUAAUUGAUAUUGAUUAUGGAACUGAGAAGUUUGUCAGUAUAGAAGUGAUCAGGCAAAUUCCUGAUGAACUAUUAAUAAUCCCACCACAAGCAUUUUUGUGUUGUCUCUUUGGCUUUAAUUCUGAAAAAGGUUCAUGGGCUGAAGGAAUAAAUAAAAUUUUCUGUGAUAUGAUAGCUGAUCUUCCAUUAGAGGUUACAGUCAUGGACAAACUGAACUAUGGUUCUUUUGAAAUUCCCUUGUUUGUAGUUAAAUUAGAAUGUCAAAAGAUAAGCAUCAAUGAACAAAUGAAACACUUUUGGAAACACAAUGUUGAAAAUGGUGAUUCAACUAUGGCAAAUGUUUACAACCUAGAAGAGCAGAUUGGAAAUGCAGAGGAAGAGAAUUCAAAAACUGUACUAUUUGAAACUGAAACAUCUCUGUGUACAAUAAUGACUCCAAAAGAUACUAGUGUUUUGGAAGAUGUAUUCCCUUCACAGCCAUCCAAAUAUCAACAUAACCACCGCUUUAUCACCCAUGAAGUAUUUGAUUCAGGGAAUCAGCAGACUACAUUUGAUAGAUUUACUAAUGAAACAAACUAUUCUGCACCAGGAAAAGGAAAAAAUAUAGCAGGUUCUAUGGAUCUUUCUGAAAUACAGGUUUCUACUUGUAAAAUUGAGGUGUUAGAAUAUGAUCCACUUGAAUCUCAGGGAGGAGCAGAAGACAAAGAAAUACUAAUACUAGAUUCUCCUGAAGUUCAGUUGCCUUUGGAUGAUACACAGAGCUUGUCAGACUUGGUGCAUUUUGAAGUGCUUCCACCAUUAAAUAUUGCAAAGAACAUGGCAGAACUAGAGACAUUAAAAAUGCCCUUGUUUGAAGACACUCUAGAGCCAGAGACAAUGGAAAUAAAAACUUACUACAGUGAAUCACAAAAGAGGUCGGAAUUGUGUUUACUUGAAGCACAACAUGUGGAAGGACAGUCAGCACACAAAGUAGAAGAGAAUGCUUCACUAAUGAAUGAACAUUUAACAUUAGAGGUGAUGGCACCUGAAGUGUUUCCUUUACUGACUGACAAAGCCAGCGAUAAUACGCUGCUUUUACAACAGCCUGCUUUGUCUGUUCCUGCAGAUAAUGAAAUCCAGUCAUCUUUUUCAGAAACUAAAGUUAAACCACAAGAAUUCUGUUCCGUUGAAGGCCUUGUUGAAGAGUGUAAACUGGGAAAAAGUGACAAAAAUCCCAAUUUCGCUGAUGGGCAAACUCUGUUAGGAAAAAAUUACGGAGAAAUGCAGAUGAGCGCGCCUGAAAGUUUUAAAGAGAAUAUUUUUGUUGAAAAGGAUUCUUUAACAAAUAUACAACUAGAUGAAGUGAGAGUAAAAUCCUUAAUACGUGAUAAAGAAAAAAAGGAAACUAUUUGCAACUUAAUGGGAUUUGAUAUUGGUUCCCAGUGCAUGGUAUGGUCAGGUAUUCAGUGGUACAAGGCUGAGAUUUUAGAUAUAUCUGCUGAAGGUACAAAGGUUUUGAAUCUUUCAAACGGAAAUGAGGAGAUAGUCAAUCCUAUACAUGUUUGGAAUGGGAUUCCUGAAUUGGAUUCCAAUCUUACUCAGAUAAUGUCCAAGAACGAAACGGAUACCUUGCAUUCUGAGCCAGCAGCUAUCCUGGCAGUUGAAGUGGAAGAAAUGACUCGUGAUUCAGAUGACAGUACCAAUCCUUUUGAGUUGUGACAGCACUGAGAGUACAGCUGAGCAGCGCUAAAUCAUUUUACAUUCAAAUUUUCUGUAACUGAAUGCAAGAGUUUUAACAGGCAUGCCCUGUCCAAACCAGUAGAGCUUGUAGGAGUUGUUCUUUUUUUUUUACUUCUAUCCUGCAAGAAUGUUUGCCAUUGCUUUGUAUGAUGCACCUUGUUAAGAUUCAGGAGCAAGGUUUUAGACCUGUAUUGCUGUUCAGUGUCUUGAAAGUCAAAGAAAGUUUAAACCUUGGAGCUAAUUGGGAGGGGGGAGUUACGUAUUUGUUCAUACUUUGAGUUUACUUCCAUUAAAAUAGCUUUAAAAAUGAUGUUGCUAUAUGGGAAGGUUUUGUGUCUCAAUUUCCUUUUUGUGAAUGAACAAAUAAAACACUGAAUUUAU